AUGAGUAGAGGAGACUCCGAUUUUAAAUAUUUACCAGAUGGAUUGUCAUUUAUAAAGUGGAUUGACAAUAAAGCUGUGUUCACUUUAUUUCCAACUUUCAUGGGUCAGAAAUUACAAAUGAAGUACGUACCUAUAAUUUCAAUGGUGUCCAAACGAAAACAUCUAACUUUAACAGAAAGAAUCAAAUUGUUAGAUUUUUACCAAAAAGAAAAUGUGAGUGCACGUACUCUUGCAGAUAAAUUUGGAAUAGGAAGAACUCAAGCCACCGACUUAAUAAAAAACAGAGGAACGAUUUUAAAAUUAUGGAAAUCUCACGGUAAUGAUCAAAUGAAAACUACAAAACGUCGUAAAACCGAAUCAGGCAAUAUCAACGAAGUUAUAUACGAAUGGUUUUGUGCAGAUCGUGCUAAAAAUAUUCCAAUCAGUGGACCAAUACUUAAAGAAUAGGCUUUACAAGUAAGUAAAGAAUUUGAAUGUGAAAAUUUUAAAGCGUCAAAUGGUUGGCUUGAUAAAUUUAAACCACGC